AUGAGGGCCCUGUGGCUGUGCUGGGCGCUGGGGGCGCUGGGCCUGGCCGGGCGCGGGGCGGCCGUGACCGAGGAGCAGGUCCUGGGCAGCCUGCUGCGGCAGCUGCAGCUGAGCGAGCCGCCCGCGCUGGGCCAGCAGGACGCGGGGCGGCCGGUGCCCCCUGCCCACGUGCGGGCCCAGUACGUGGCCCUGCUGCAGCGCGGCCACGGCGUGCCCUCCCGGGGGAAGCGGUUCAGCCAGAACUUCCGAGAGGUGGCCGGCCGGUUCCUGGUGUCCGAGGCCUCCACGCACCUGCUGGUGUUCGGCAUGGAGCGGCGGCUGCCCCCCAACAGCGAGCUGGUGCAGGCGGAGCUGCGCCUCCUGCAGGAGCCGGUGCCCCCGGCCGCCCUCCGCCAGCACCAGCGCCUGGCCCCGCGCAGCGACCUGGCCCGCGUCUCCAUCGAGUGGCUGCAGGUGCGGGCCGACGGCUCCAACCGCACCGCCCUCGUGGACUCCAGGCUGGUGUCCGUCCACGAGAGCGGCUGGAAGGCCUUCGACGUGACGGAGGCCGUGAGCUUCUGGCAGCAGCUGAGCCGGCCCCGGGAGCCGCUGCUGCUGCGGGUGUCGGUGCAGCGGGAGCACCUGGGGCCGCUGGCCUCCAGCGCCCACAGGCUGGUGCGCUUCGCCGCCCGGGGGCCGGCGGAGGGCGCGCAGGGCGAGCCCCAGCUGGAGCUGCACACGCUGGACCUCGGCCACUUCGGAGCUCAGGGCAACUGUGACCCCGAGGCACCCGUGACUGAGGGCACCCGCUGCUGCCGCCGGGAGACAUACAUCGACCUGCAGGGGAUGACGUGGGCGCAGAACUGGGUGCUGGAGCCCCCGGGCUUCCUGGCCUACGAGUGCGUGGGCACCUGCCCGCAGCCCCCGGCCGCCCUGGCCGCCCGGUGGCCCUUCCUGGGGCCGCGGCAGUGCGUCGCCUCGGAGACCGUCCCGCUGCCCAUGAUCGUGAGCGUCCAGGAGGGCGGCCGGGCCCGCGCCCGGGUGGUCAGCCUGCCCGACAUGCGGGUGCAGACGUGCAGCUGCGCCUUGGACGGGGCGCCCGUGCCCCGGAGGCUGGAGCCGUAG